UGCAUUUUACGAUCGCUUCCACCGCUACUACUAAUAAUAAUAAUAAUAGUCCUAAUAAUAAUCGCGAAUGUAACAGUCAAGUGAACCCAGUGAGGGAUCCGUGCUGUACAAUAAUAAAGACGUCAUCGGGCGCGCGGACGGAGCCUAGUCAGUGCGCAGCGCACUUUCUCCCUGCAGGACCACAACAAUCUCAGCAUGUUGACACGCGACACGGGGGUUCCAUCAUCAUCCUCUUCAUCAUCAUCAUCUUCAUCAUCAUCAUCAUUUCCUCCUCCUGCUCCGGAGCCCUGCACACUGGCAGUGCAUCGUCCGGCAGCGGGUUUUUAAAAAACAGCCCCCGUCCUGUGACCCACACAGAGUACAAGUAUGGAUGAAAGUACAGCCACUCCUUCGAUCAAGUCUCCUCAUAGCUUGCUGGAGUGGAAGAAGAGGGUUAAAUCUGAGUACAUGAGACUCCGGCAGCUGAAACGCUUCCGAAAAGCUGAGGAAGUCAAGUCUCUUUUCAUGUCAAAUCGCAGAAAGAUCAAGGAGAGGACCAACCUGCUUAAUGAUGAAUGGCUGAAACUCAGAAUUCAGCCCAUUCCCCUGGCUUCUUCCGUUGGAUCCAUUCCUAAUGGCAAGCAAUGUGUUGUGGAUUUUUGCUUUCCUGAAUUUAAGAAACAAGCUGUUUUAAUGAGGACCCUGAACACAGUGGCUGGAAUCCCUUUCAUGUACUCCUGGUCUCCUCUGCAGCACAAUUUCAUGGUGGAGGACGAGACAUUCCUUCACAAUAUCCCCUACAUGGGGGAUGAGGUGCUGGAGCAAGAUGAGGCCUUCCUGGAGGAGCUCAUUGACAACUAUGAUGGCGUGCAUGGGGACCGAGAGGGAGGCUUCAUUAAUGAUGAGAUCUUCAAAGAACUGGUGGAGGCUCUGAGUCAGUACUCUGACCAAGAGGAAGAUGAAGUUGGGGAUCAGGAAAAUGAUGAAGAAGAGGGGUCUAAGAAAAGCUUGGAUACAGAACCAAAGGAUGUCAGUGUGGGCUCACUAGCCAUCUACAGGAAAAAUAAGUGGAGCGUAAGAGCAGAUACCCUUCCAGUUAAAGAUUUGUCCACCAGUAAGAAGAUUCCCCAUGAUGAAAUCUUUGAAGCCAUUGCCUCAAUGUUUCCAUAUAAAGGCACUACAGAGCAACUGAAGGAAAAGUACAAGGGCCUUUUGGAGCCCCCAAGCCAGGUGAAGUUGCCUCCCCAGUGCACCCUCAACAUUGAUGGCCCCUUCGCCAAGUCCGUGCAGCGGGAACAGUCGCUGCACUCCUUCCACACGCUCUUCUGCAGGCGCUGCUUCAAAUACGACUGCUUCCUCCACCCGUUUCAUGCCACACCCAAUGUGUACAAGAGGAAGAACAAGGAGAUUCGUGUUGAAACAGAGCCCUGCGGACUGGACUGCUUUUUGCUGCAGAAAGGAGCAAAAGAGUUUGCCGACCGAAACAUGUUAAGAUCCCAGCGAGUUCGGCGGCGGCGAAGACCACCCCGAAACUCCAGUGCCAGCUGUCCCGGGUCAUCAGUUUCCACCACAGAGGUCAAGGAUGGUGAGAGUGACCAUGAGACCACAAGCUCCUCAGAGGGAAACUCGCGCUGUCAGACGCCCAUCAAGAUGAGGCCAGGGGGAGAGUUGGGGGAGGAAGCGGAGCCAACGGUUCAGUGGAGCGGGGCGGAAGAGUCCCUCUUCAGAGUCCUGCACGGCACCUACUACAACAACUUCUGUUCCAUCUCCCGCCUCAUCGGCACCAAGACGUGCAAACAGGUGUACGAUUUUGCGGUGAAGGAGGUCCUUAUUCACCGGGUGCCCUUGGAGGAACGUGCCAUCUCCCCUCACAAGAAGAAAAGGAAGCACAGAUUGUGGGCCAAAAUUCAACUGAAAAAAGACAGUUCAUCAAAUCAGGUCUACAACUAUCAGCCAUGUGACCAUCCUGACCACCCAUGUGACAGCUCCUGUCCCUGUGUGAUGACCCAGAAUUUUUGCGAGAAGUUUUGCCAGUGCGAUCAUGAGUGCCAGAACCGCUUCCCAGGUUGUCGGUGCAAAACCCAGUGCAACACCAAGCAGUGUCCCUGCUACCUAGCGGUGCGCGAGUGCGACCCAGACCUGUGCAUGACGUGCGGGGCGUCUGACCACUGGGACAGCAAGAACCUCUCCUGCAAGAACUGCAGCAUCCAGAGGGGACUCAAGAAGCACCUCCUUCUGGCUCCCUCCGAUGUCGCGGGGUGGGGAACCUUCAUCAAGGAAGCCGUCCAGAAGAACGAGUUCAUCUCAGAAUACUGCGGAGAGCUCAUUUCUCAGGACGAGGCAGACCGCCGAGGCCGGAUCUACGAUAAAUAUAUGUCCAGCUUCCUAUUCAAUCUCAACAAUGAUUUUGUUGUGGACGCCACCCGCAAAGGAAACAAAAUCCGCUUCGCGAACCACUCGGUGAAUCCCAACUGCUAUGCUAAAGUGGUGAUGGUGAAUGGAGACCACCGCAUUGGGAUUUUUGCCAAAAGGGCCAUCCAGCAGGGAGAGGAGCUCUUCUUUGACUACAGGUACAGCCAGGCAGAUGCCCUGAAGUACGUGGGAAUCGAGAGGGAGAUUGACAUCACCUAGUUUGUCAUGCCCACCCCUGCCAUCCCCGCUUUCAAAGCUGCUGCUUUUUCCCACAAUGCACUGCCUGCCAAGUUCAGCGAAAGACCCGAACGGCGUCAUUGCAUCAGAGUUCCGCCCGAGAUCCGCAUUUUUCGUUAAGUCCAGUUAAUAGGUGUAUUACAUUAGCAAUUCAAACUGUAAAACGUCUGGAGCAUUAUAACCUGCUAUCUUUAAGCUGUUGUCCAUGGUCAGAAAUGUUAGUUCUUGGUGAACGUGUAAAUCCGAGAAGUGUGCUUGGGGGUACUCAGACAGGUCAUACUUUUUCAUAAGCUAAACAAAUAUUAAAUAAUAUAUUAACGAUAUAUGCUUAGAACUUCAUGCUGUACGCAGUGUCAAAAUGUGAUCGUCGCCGAUGCAGCUCGCGUCCAUCUGCGUAGAGCAGGACGGAAGGGACCCUCGCAGCGUUCGUCUUCAACGCUUGCCUUCGUCCGCCUCCGCCGCUCGGCCCCUCGUAGCUUUGUGAAACUUGCGUGAUGGCCUCGCAAAAUGCCGCAGUAGGAAACUGACCGGAUGAAUGUUUGAGCUUUGCUUGAAAAAAGGCUUAAAAGCAAAAAUGUAAGUAGUACAGGCCAAUAUUUCAGUCAUUAAUACUGAGAAACCACUUGCAUGAAGCAUCGGCGGGGAAGAAGCGCACUGCGGUGGUUUACCAGCCGUCUGUAGCCGUGGGAUGUAGUGUGAAGCACCGCAGCGGUACAGUGUACUGUGCCAAAGUCAUAUAACUCGUGAUCUUUUUCCCAUCAUUCCACAGUCCGCUGGUUGUGUGGCGCAUCCUCGUGACAUUCAUUAUUAUCUGCCAGAGGUGUGCAAUACCAUAACCAUAACCAUCAGGCCAUAUACAAGAUUAGGAGGAUGAACAGUGGAAAAAGGCUUUUGACAAAACAAGGCUAGCAGGGAAUAUUAAUGGAGUUGUUUGAUGGCCCAAAAUUCCAUUAAUUGUUUUUUAUUCAAAGCCAGUGAGUUAAGAUGUAAGCUGUUAUUCUGCUAUGUGUGUAUAUUUUAUUUAAAAGUAUGUAAGUGUAUGAGGAAUCCAAUUUAAAAUGUUACACAGAAAGGUCACUCCACAAUGAAUGAUGAUCAGAAUUAUAAUUAUAUAUACCUGGUUAUGUCUAGGGGGGUGUGGUGGCGCAGUGGGUUGGACCGGGU